AGAGACCCCGCCCCACGCCACUUAUAGACCAGACUGAUGCUUGCGCUGCAAAGCGUGCCUCACCAUCCUUGCAACAUCUCGUCGUUCUCCAACAGGACCUGUUUGGAAUACGCGAAAUUAAUUCCGAAAACAAAUCAGACGAAGCGUCGAAUAUACAGGCGCAUUACUACCUCGUCGUUUGCUGCAAGGAAUCAAAGCAUAUUGACAUCGAGUUCCAGUGGUACUUCACUUGCAUUUGGUAAAACUGUUGAUGUUAUCAUUACAUUAUUUUAUUUGUAGUAGCCCAUAAGGUCCAUCCAAAAUUCUAAAUAUUACUAUAUAUCACCGAUAUUAGCAUUUUGCAGUGGCAGACGACUCGCUUUUGUGUUAUUCAUCAAUACCUAGGCAACUCUAGCUAUCAACGCAUUUGGAUUUGUCAAUACGCUACGCCAGGAGGACGCUUUGCAGCAGGCCUGUUCUCGUUGUAAUAAGAUAUCUGGAGGAACUUACAUAGACAUAAACAUAGAUCAUUCUGAACACAUCUGAUAAGCGCCACCGAAAAUAUCAGACACAAUGGCUGAACCUAGCACGGAUUGCAACAUCAAGGUGUUAUGUCGUUUUCGACCUCUGAAUCAAUCUGAAAUUGUCCGCGGAGACAAGUUCAUCCCUAAAUUCCAAGGUGAUGAUACCGUGAUGAUUGCGGGCAAGUCCUACGUGUUUGACCGCGUGUUUCCCACCAACACCACUCAGGAGCAGGUGUACAACACCUGCGCCAAGCAGAUUGUUAAAGAUGUGCUGGGUGGAUACAAUGGCACCAUCUUUGCUUAUGGCCAGACCUCCUCUGGGAAGACCCACACCAUGGAGGGCAAACUGCACGACCGCCAAAAUAUGGGCAUCAUCCCCAGGAUUGCUGAAGAUAUCUUCAACCAUAUCUUCACCAUGGAUGAAAACCUGGAGUUUCUCAUCAAGGUAUCCUACUUCGAAAUCUACAUGGACAAAAUCCGUGAUCUGCUGGAUGUGACUAAAACCAACUUGGCCGUCCAUGAGGACAAGAACAGGGUCCCAUAUGUCAAGGGUUGCACUGAGCGCUUCGUCUCCAGCCCCGAAGAGGUGAUGGACGUCAUCGACGAGGGCAAAGCCGCCCGCCACGUGGCCGUCACCAACAUGAAUGAGCACAGCUCCCGCAGUCACAGCAUUUUCCUGAUCAAUAUCAAGCAAGAGCACGUGGAGACUGAGCAGAAGCUCUGUGGCAAACUCUACCUGGUGGACCUGGCUGGCAGUGAGAAGGUCAGUAAGACUGGUGCAGAGGGAUCUGUCCUGGAUGAGGCUAAAAACAUCAACAAAUCUCUGUCCUCUCUCGGCAACGUGAUCUCUGCUCUGGCAGAGGGAACGAAAACCCAUGUGCCGUACCGUGACAGUAAGAUGACGCGUAUCCUCCAGGACUCUCUGGGGGGUAAUUGCCGCACCACCAUGUUCAUCUGCUGCUCCCCCUCCAGCUACAACGACGCUGAGACCAAAUCCACUCUCAUGUUUGGCCAACGUGCCAAGACCAUCAGGAACACCGCCUCCGUGAACCUGGAGCUGACGGCCGAGCAGUGGAAGAAGAAGUACGAAAAGGAGAAGGAGAAGAGCAAGACCCUGAGGGAGACCGUCCAGAAGCUGGAGGCUGAGCUCAACCGCUGGCGUAAUGGUGAGGAGGUGCCUAAGACGGAGCAGCUGAGCCCAGGCGUGGUGAGGCUGGAGCCCUGUGAGGAGAUCCCCGUGCUGGAUAACAGCAACUCCUCCAUCGUGGUGCGCAUCUCCGAGGAGGAACGCCAGAAGUACGAGGAGGAGAUCCGCAAGCUCUACAAGCAGCUGGACGACAAGGAUGAUGAGAUUAACCAGCAGAGCCAAAUGGUGGAAAAACUGAAGGAGCAGAUGCUGGAUCAGGAGGAGUUACUGGCCUCCACGCGUGGGGACAGUGAGAAGGUGCAGAGCGAGCUGGGCCGCCUGCAGAUGGAGAGUGACGGAGCCAAGGCGGAGGUGAAGGAGGUGCUGCAGGCCUUGGAGGAGCUGGCCGUCAACUACGACUCGAAGAGCAACGAGGUGGAGGAGAAGAGCCUCCAGAACAAGCUGCUGGCUGAGGAGCUCUCCCACAAGAUGGCCCACCUGAUGUCCAUCGAGGCUGAGCUGUCUCGCAUGCAGCAGGUGAGCGGGCAGCAGAGGAAGCGCAUUGCUGAGGUGCUCAACGGCCUCAUGCGAGACCUGAGCGAAUUCAGCGUCAUCGUGGGCAACGGAGACAUCAAGCUGCCGCUGGAGCUGAGCGGUGCCCUGGAGGAGGAGUUCACUGUGGCCAGGCUCUACAUCAACAAGAUCAAGUCGGAGGUGAAGUCCAUGGUGAAGCGCUGCCGGCAGCUGGAGAACCUGCAGGUGGAGUGCCACCGCAAGAUGGAGGAGACCAGCCGUGAGCUCUCCUCCUGCCAGCUCCUCAUCUCGCAGCAUGAGGCGAAGAUCCGCUCUCUGACGGAGUACAUGCAGAACGUGGAGCAUAAGAAGCGGCAGCUGGAGGACAACUACGACUCCCUGAGCGAGGAGCUCUCCAGGCUCCAGACCCAGGAGAACAUGGUGGGUGUGGCCAAGAAGGACAACCUUAUGGAUAUGGAAGAGUCUGGCGAUGUGAAGCGGGUGCUGGAGCAGCAGAUGGAAUCCCGGCGCGAGUCGCAUCACAAGCAGCUGGGCCGCUUGCGUGACGAGAUCAACCAGAAGCAGAAGAUCAUCGACGACCUCUCCGACCGCAACCAGAAGCUGCAGCUGGAGCUGGGGCAGCUGCGGGCCGACUUCGAUCGCCUGAAGAACCAGGAGCAGCACAAGAGCGUGCAGCUGGAGGAGCUGACAUUUCUCCAUGAACGCCACGAGCAAUCUAGGCAGGAUCUCAAGGGUCUGGAGGAGACUGUUGCCCGCGAACUCCAGACCCUGCAUAACCUUAGGAAGCUGUUUGUACAGGAUCUCACGACGCGGGUUAAACGAAGCUCCGAAAUGGAGCCUGAUGAUAGUGGGGGGUCUUCCACCCAGAAACAGAAGAUUUCCUUUCUUGAAAACAACCUGGACCAGCUUACAAAAGUUCACAAACAGCUGGUACGUGACAAUGCAGAUUUGCGCUGUGAGCUUCCUAAACUGGAGAAACGUCUUCGGUCUACGGCUGAGCGAGUUAAGGCCCUGGAGGGCGCACUAAAGGAGGCCAAGGAGAGCGCCAUGAAGGACCGCCGCCGCUACCAGCAGGAGGUGGAGCGCAUCAAGGACGUCAUGAGGGCCCGCACCCCACUGAGGCGCCCUCACGCCGCGCAGAUCGCCAAGCCUGUUCGCCCCGGACACUUCUCCGCCGCCUCUCCCACCAACCCCCUGGUGAUGCGCAGCAGCGACCACCCCAUCGCCUUCAGCAACGUGCUGUUCCAGAACGCUCCGCAGCCCAACAUCCAGCAGCCCCUCAACCCCAGCAGCACACUGAAGACCACGGCCCCAGUGGAGGUGAGCAACACCACAGUCAACUCCACAGAGACAACGGACUCCCAUCAGCUCAAUGUGGCCAACGGAAAUGCCACAGACAUCAACGACAACAGUGUGUGUCUUAGUGUGUCCUCUGUGUCCAGAGCCGACAGCCACUGCGUCCCGCACGCCGACGACCCUAACAACCUCUACAUCAUGCAACAGCAGACCGCUGCCAGCUAAUAACUCGGAGCAGAUGACCAGCUCUUCCAGGGUCUCCUGUGUUCAUCAGCAUGCUGCCUAUCAGUUUCUCAUAACUACUCCCCCCCAUCCGACCCUCCCCAAAUAGAACCCCUCUUGGUCCAGAAUCCUCCUAUCUCUUCCUAGUCUCUAGAUCUCCCUUCUGCUCGCCAAACUCUGAACCUCUAUACUCCCUAAUUUCAAUACUUUGUAGUUUUAUGAUGUACAUAGAAUACAUGUAGAGAGAGCUUAACUGUGGCAGACACUGUGGCUUAAUGCUUAGCAUUGGCAGGCUCUCUAAUGCUCUAAACUCCCAUAUUUCCGGCUGGAGUAAAUCAUAAGACUGACCGUGGGGGCUCAUGGAGAGCAUGCAGUGUUUCUUUUGGCCACUAGGGUGUGCUGUUUGACUGAGUGUGUGGGAAGUGCACCUUGACAUACUGUGUACUGUAGCUCUGGAUAAACCUGUGUUUUUUUCCCCCUUUUUUCAUUCUGUAAACUUGGACACCCACCCUCAGUCAGAUCCAGGGUAGGCACAGGUAGGCUGGUUCUAAAGGGAGCAGUUUUUAGUGGAGGGGCGCCUCUAAAUGCACCGAGGCAUCCAGCCGGGACCAUGUGAACACACACUCUCAAGCCCUGCUCCUUGAACCAGGCGCAAGUGCCGAUGUCUGUUACCCAUACCGACACACACACACAUGGCCGAGCCUUAAAGAACAUCAACGACAAAAAAACAGCAAUCAAAAAAAAUAUCCUUUUCAUUUCAUUUGUUUUUUCUACACCAGAGCAAAUCAAUCCUAUGUGUAUAUUAUGCAGCCCCUUGACAAUAUCUCACGCUGGCACAAGGCCCCUCCUGCCUUCCUCCCUGUGGUAAAAGAAAGACACAACUCAGCAACAGGAGCUGUUUAAGAUUAAUGAAGGCUGCUGGCACAUAUACCCAGAGGGCCUCCACCCAAACCCCAGUGAAUAUAACGUGUAUAACGUAUAUGCUGAGGGGCAUAGCAGAGAAAUGCACAGUUUCCACAGCCGCAUUAACCUGAAGUAUGGAAGCUGCCCCAAGGAAGGCAACUGCUCCUCGAGGGGGAAACGAGCAGGCAUUAUCAUCCAAGUGUGUUGUUUUUAAAACAAAGCAUAUUUACGUGUAGACUUUGAAGAUUUUCCAAUCUGUAUCACCCUCCACAUGGUUAAGACAUUUUUGUGUGUCGUUCCCACUGUCUCUUGUCAUUGUGUCUGUAGUGAUUUCUCCACUGGCUGUACAUGAUAGAUGUAUUCCCACAGAAUAGUGCAAAAAUGCAUAGGGGUGAGGCUGGAGUACUAGAGUAGGUACUAUUUUUAUACAGUCCACCACAAUAAGUUAAUUCAUUUAAAGCAAUUGAUUAUGUUGGAUAUUUAUUUGACUACUGUUUUUUUUUAUUUAUUGCAGUAAUGAGUUGUCAUGAAAUGUAAUGAAUGUUUUUAUUUUAAAUAUUUUUUGAGAUGAUUUAUUUAUUUAUCUAUCUAUCUAUCUAUUUAUUUAUUUAUCUAUUUAUUGACCUAUGUGUUUGCUUGCUACCUUGAGUGUUUUAAGCAUUGUAUUUACAGAUUGUUUAUUAUACUGAAUACUUAAAUAUCUCUAAAAAUUCAACUAUAGAAGAGAGGCCAGGAAGGAACAAGAGUAUGAAAGUGUAGAAUGUAGAGUGAAGAAAAGAACAAGGGUAUGUUAGAGACAGUCUGAGAGAGAGAGAGAGAGAGAGAGAGAGAGAGAGAGAGAGAGAGAGAGAGAGAGAGAGGUGACUGUCCGACCUAAAGCUAACUACCAUUCAAAACCAAUUUCCUAUCUUUUACACUUCCAAAGCCCGUCACUUUCCUUGUAAAUUUCCAUUUAGGCCGUGUCUGAAUGAAGGGCAAAUACCAAGAGCAGACUGUCCUGCACAUAGAGACAGGAGCACUGCAGCAUCUGACAGCACAGCCUGGCAGCUCCUUCAGAGCUGAGCUAUGGCUACAUCGACCAGUGUAGCCAGUCUGUGAUCUCAGAUCUGAGAGUCUGCCCUACCUGUCCAGGCUCCAUAGAAACUGUACAGACUCUCAGACAGACACACACAUAAAAGCUCUUCUCAGCUCUUGCCACUUCCUGACUGCGUUCCUCUGCGCUGCACUCCUGAUCAACCAGUCAGGAGAGAGGGGCCCAGGUAGGCUGUGAGGGCUGAGGGGAGGGGUUCUGUCUGUGGGUACGGGAGAGACCUGGAGGGGAAAACCCAGCAGUUUGCAGCUACAGAUGCUCGUUUGCUCCUCCCACCCUUAGCUUCUUGCUACAUGUCAGGAAGUGGACAUCAGGAAGUAGACAUGUGCUACAGGUUAUUUUUUAAGUCAACCAUCCAAGUUUGCUAAUCGGCACAACCAUGGGUGGAAGUAGACAGUGUAUGUAUGGGGCAAAAACAUGGCAGAUUGUUUUACUCUUUGAAUCUGGGAUUUCUCCACCUCUACAGGUACCUCAGUAGACCCCUUGCGUUGCACUAAAGAUACUCGACUAGACUCGUCUGCCUGUGGGGGACUGUACUCAUGUACUGUAGCCUACACGUGACACAAUGCUAGAGUCGUCAGAAGAGGCACAGUGUUCAGGAGAAUGUGAGGCAGAUCUACGUGUAUGUCAUUGAACUCACUCUAUAUAGAUCAAUUCCAUUUGGCUGUCAAAUGUGUUACCUGUAAAGUGAGAGCAUUUCACAGUAUGAGUUGAAAUAAAUAAAUGUCAGUUUGAAUGUCUUAGAGGGAAAGCUUGUUUUUAAACAGCAUACAUUAAAACAUAGCUACAUACAGUCAAGUUCCCUUUUGAACCCCUCCAGUGUAAAUGAGCUAACUAUCGGCUAUUUCUGCUACUCUUUGACCAAUACUAUCGAUAUAGGGGCCAGCAAGUGUGUAAAGUCGAAAUGGCAAUAGUCCAGUUUUAUAUCUCUUCAUGACCUUCAUAUGCCUCAGACACAGUGUAACAUGGCAAAAGUUGCGCUUCUGGUACUGUAUGCAUUCUGCUAAUUCAUAGGUGCAUAUAUUAACUCAAAAAUCUUCAAAUCGAAGUAAUUGAAUGGCGACUACAGUAUAGUAAACAACUAUGUUUUCAUGGGACGGUGGACAUGUCAUUGUUUGGUUGAUUGUUGGUUUGUUUGUUUGUUUGAUUGUUUGUUUAUUGUGUGUGAAUAGUGCAUGCUGUGUACAACAUGCCUCUGUAGCUGAUGAGAAAUCACGUUAUCUAAAAGAAACAAAUUUCAAUAAAGAUGCUGUGCUAAGAAAAGUC